AUGAUUUGGAAACGAUUAUUUUUAUUGAUAACGAUUUUGGUUUAUGUUCAAUGUUCUCCAGGUGAUAAUUUAGAUUCUUUUAUUGAUUGUACCGAUACCUGUGAGAUCAAGAGGAAGUGUCCUAAUUCUGAGGCAGCUCGAUGGGCAGAUGUUGAAAAAUCUCGAUUUAAGAAUCAUAAUUUUGAUGAAACUCCAUUUUUGUUGUCGACUUUCUUCUUCUGGGAUUGUAUAUCGGAUUGUGAUUACCAAUGCCAGCAGAUUGUCACAAAGUUGAGGAUUAAGAAGAAGCAGAAAAUAUUCCAAUUUCAUGGGAAAUGGCCGUUCAAAAGAUUGUUUACUUUCCAAGAAAUGUUUUCAACGAUUUUUAGUAUGGGCAAUUUUUUCCCACAUUAUCAUGGUUAUAGAAAGCUGAAUGAAGCUAUUACUUAUAAUAGGUUCACAGGGAAGGACACUAGAGGUUUAUUACAUUUGCGUAACUACUCGUAUGUAGCAAUUGCAGGCAUGUUUGCAUGGAGUGCGAGUACAAUUUUCCAUUGGAGAGAUUUAUUGAUUACUGAAAAAAUGGAUUAUUUCUUCGCCGGUAUGACAGUUUUGAUGGGGUUCCAUGCUAUUUUCUCCCGUUUCUUCAGACUAGACAGAUAUCCUACCAUCGCAAAGGGGUUUUUCUGGACUGUUGCUGGUAUUUUCACCCUACAUAUCUUGAGAUUAUAUUUGGAUUGGUCUUAUACCUAUAAUAUGAGAUUCAACGUUUGCUUUGGAUUGCUACAAUAUAUCCUCCUAAUCGCCGUGUCAUAUCAGAAUUACAAAAUCUUAACAAAGGACAAGAAAUCCCCAACUGCUUAUUUGCCAUCUAGAGAUCUAAAAUUCAAAUUAUGUGCAACGCCAAUUAUUAUGGUCACUUCAACUGCAAUGGCAAUGUCGCUAGAGUUAUUCGAUCAUUUCAGCUGGAACUGGCAAAUCGACUCCCACGCAAUGUGGCACUUUUGCACAAUUUGGCCAUCUUGGAUCUUAUAUGAUUUUUUCUUAAACGAUUACAAUUACUUUAUUACAAAGGAAAAUGUAGAUUAG